UAACAGAGCAAUAUUUGAAUGAACCUCCCAAUGCAUUCCAAACCCUUCAUGAAAAUGCUUCCUCACCGUUUGUUUCUUUAUCUUAUGAAUUUUCUGUGGAUAUGAUAUGAUGGGGCCUUCCCACGUCCCAAGUUGUCGGACCCCGACAAAAUUGGAAGCUUCCUUUUGCAGUCCUUCCGUUUCGGGGAUUGGGAAUCUCUUGCUCUUCUGAGGAACCUCAGUGGCUUCUUUCUUCAGGAUGUGUCAAUCCCAAGAUUGGGGUAUUCUUCAUUAACCAGAGAUCAGUCUGAUUCAUCUGCUAAGACUCCCCUAGUAGAAUACACGAACUCAGAGCUCAAAAUGAGGCAGAACCAGUGUAACAAUGGGCCCCACCUGAUUCGGUCCCAUGGAGCCAAAGUCGCACAGACCUACUUAUAUGACUGGUUGAUCCUCAUGCUUCUUGGGCUUGCUCUGGUCGUUAUCCAUCUCAUACAUCCGUUUUAUCGAUAUGUUGGGAAAGACAUGAUGACAGAUCUCAAGUAUCCACUGAAGGACAACACAGUGCCCUUUUGGGCUGUUCCGAUGAUUGCAGUUGGAUUACCUAUCGGUGUAUUCAUAAUUGUUUAUCUUCGAAAGAGAGAUGUCUGUGACCUUCAUCAUGCUGUUCUAGGGCUUUUAUACUCAGCUUUAGUUACUUCAGUGAUAACUAAUACGGUUAAGAAUGCAGUUGGUCGGCCCCGACCUGAUUUCUUCUGGCGUUGCUUUCCUGAUGGGAAAGAUGUUUAUGAUCAGUUUGGGAAUGUCAUCUGUCACGGUGAAAAUAAAGUAGUAGACGAAGGGCAUAGAAGUUUCCCAAGCGGCCAUACUUCAUGGUCCUUUGCGGGUUUGGGCUUUUUAUCGCUUUACUUGGCCGGUAAGAUAGAAGCAUUCGAUCGCAGAGGCCAUGUUGCCAAAUUAUGCAUUGUGUUCCUUCCACUUCUCGUUGCAUCUCUCAUCGGGAUUUCCCGAGUAGACGAUUACUGGCAUCACUGGCAAGACGUCUUUGCAGGAGGUCUCCUAGGGCUUGCGGUUGCCACAUUUUGCUACAUGCAGUUUUUUCCCCCUCCAUAUCAUCCUGAAGGUAUGCUUGGCGGAUUCCCCACACUUGCUCCCAAGAUUCUGAGGGAUUGCGAACCAAUGCGAGAGACUCGCCCAACAAUGAGGAGAGAACUCGAAACGGAGUCGAAAGCCAAGAAAAUGAGGGUACUGGCAAUGGAUGCAUCGGGUUGUCCACAUCGCGCACUUCCAGUCAGACCUUGGAAGAAAUGGAGUCGGGCGGAAGAUGAUCAACUUAUAUCUUGCACAUAUGUGUACAUGUAUACAUUUUUCAUGUGAUUAUAGGAUACUCCAGGAAGGUCAUGUUGAGCGCUUUCUGCUUCGAGCAGGUAUGCGAGGAUCGAGUUUUGACAUUGAUGAUCAGUGUGCUGCACAAUGACGAGACGGGUCACUCCAUAUAGAAACACUCUGGCCUUGGGCUAUUUGCUUAGUCCGAUUCUCGUUCUCGAUUAUUCGGUCGAAAUUAAUGAAAGCUGAUGACCGGAAAGAGUCAAGUUCAUGCGA